AUGUUGCCUCCUUCCACGCCUAUUGAUUACUUCCUUUACAUCUCCCUCCUCAUCUCUACCACAUUUGCCCAGGGCCGAAUCGCUCAAUUUCUCGUCUUGGACUGCACCGAAAAGAGCGCUGUAAAUCCUACUGUCUCGCUUUCACUCGAUACCUGCCUCGUCACUACCGGUGCUUUCGGAGUCGUCGUCGAGCGCCUUCCCGCAUGCCCUCCGGGCAGUGCCAAUGCCACACUACAGCUGUACCAAGACCAGUCAUGCGCUAUACCUGAGACAUCGAGUGACUUCGACACCGACGGUUGCUUCGAUUACGGGCUUGUGGGUAUCCCUGCUGUCAUGUUCAUAUGCGGCAGUGUCGCAGAUGGGGGGUUCGGAUGCUACAUCUACGACUACGUGACCGCUGGCUCUGCGCUCGUGCCUGUCGCUGGGGCGACUGGGGCGACUACAACUUCGACUCCGGGUGGCCUCUCUUCGCAGACUACGACUGAUUCGAAUGCGCUUCUUACCUCUGCUACGUCGGCGUCUUCGGCAUCGAGUCCCUCACAAACUAAGGCAAGUGGCACCGGCGGAAACUCGAGCUCGGGACUCUCCCAGCAUGACCAGAUUAUACUCGGUAUCGCCCUCCCUGUUGGUUCGAUCAUAGUUGCGCUGCUGGCGUGGCAAUGCCCGAAGCCGUGGAGUAGGUGA